AUGGUGUUUUCUUGGGGAGGCGUCUUGGGAGCCCAGCAGUUGCUGCUCUUAUUUCUGCUCCACACAUCCUGGGAAGUGGGGAGCGGCCAGGUCCAUUACUCGGUGCCGGAAGAAGCGAAACACGGUACGUUCGUGGGACGAAUCGCGCAGGACCUGGGUCUGGAGGUCGGGGAGCUGGUGUCGAGGCUGUUCCGGGUGGUGUCCAAAGGCAGCAGGGACUACUUGGAGGUAAAUGUGCAGAAUGGCAUUUUGUUUGUGAAUUCACGGAUCGACCGUGAGGAGCUCUGUGGCCGCAGCCCUAUUUGUAGCAUCCACCUGGAGGUGAUCGUGGAGAAACCGCUGCAGGUUUUCCAUGUAGAGGUGGAGAUCAAGGACAUUAAUGACAACCCACCCUUGUUCCCAGUGAAGGAACAAAGGCUGUUUAUUCCUGAAUCCAGAUUGCCGGACUCUAGGUUUCCUCUAGAGGGAGCUUCUGACCCAGAUAUUGGCUCUAAUGCCUUACUUACUUAUAGACUCAGCACCAAUGAUUAUUUUAUUUUAGAAGUAAGAUCAAAGAAUGACCAAAGUAAAUUGGUUGAGUUAGUGUUGAAAAAACCGCUAGACAGAGAGGAAGUUCCAGAGCAUCACUUAAUACUGACAGCCACAGAUGGGGGCAAACCUGAACUCACGGGCACAGUGCAACUGCUCAUCACGGUCCUGGAUGUGAACGAUA